AUGGCCCUCAAGAGGCAUGUGUGGUAUCAGGCCCACCGCUGCGGGACCCUGGGCGCGCACGGCGUGGUCCGAUUGCACUCCCGCUGCGCUGGGCGCGCCCCGCGGAGGCCGGAUUGCCCGGAUGCGGAUGCCCUCCACUUGACGGGAAAGUUGAUGGCGGCAGAUUUUUCGGGGGAGGCUGCCACUGCGUCUGACAACAAGGUGCUGACAGAGAGUGAGAACCUCAGGAAUCAGUGCAAAGCAGCGAUGGAGGUCGUGAUGGAAGAAGCCCAUGAUAAGGCGAGGAAGGUGUCACAACAAGGGAAGAGCACUGAUGGGGAGUUUACGGAAAGAAUAAAAGGGGCAAUUGGGGCGAUGCAGGAUGGGCUGGUGGAGCGUGACACGGAGGUGCGGUUACUCCUGUUGGCUGCAUUGAGUGGAGAACAUGUUCUGUACAUCGGACCUCCAGGAACCGCCAAGAGUGAACUUGGAAGGCGGCUAUCAUUUCUUUGCAAGGGUGCUUUUUUUGAACGCCUGCUGACACGGUUCUCAGUUCCUGAGGAGCUGUUUGGCCCAUUGUCAAUGCGGGAGCUUGAGGAAGAUAGGUACAUAAGGAAGACAGAGGGCUACCUCCCUGAGGCCACGGUUGCAUUCAUUGAUGAGAUCUUCAAGGCAAACUCUGCUAUCCUCAACACCCUGCUGACAGUGUUGAACGAACGGCUGUUUGACAAUGGGCCCUCUCGUGUGCCUGUGCCCCUUGUAUGUCUUGUCGGGGCUUCCAAUGAGCUGCCUGAGAGUGAGGAGCUUAAUGCCCUGUAUGAUCGCUUCUUGGUGAGGAGAGAAGUGAAGCAAGUCUCGGCAGGAGGUCUGGUCGACCUUCUUUCCACAACGGCCAUGACCUCCAACGGGGUCUACCUGGACGAGGCUGGUCAACCAGGAAACUCCAUUGAUGAGAGCCUGACAUUGACCACUAAGGAUUUCAGUAUCGCAAAGGAAAAGGCGUGUACUGUCAGCGUCCCAAAGGAGGUCAUUGACCUACUGGCUGAUCUCAGGAUGUGGCUGCAGGACAGCUGCGAGCCGCCAAUAUAUGUUUCAGAUCGGCGUAUGGUAAAGGCGCUGAACAUGAUGCAGGUGGCUGCCUUUACUGAUGGCCGGGACUCUGUCUCUCAAAUCGAUUGCUUGCUGCUGCAACACGUGUUUUGGAAUCAACCUGAAGAGGCAGAGAAGAUCUACGACUGGCUUCUGGCCGAACUGUCCUCUGGCUUGAUGUUUGACCAAAUUCAGUUUGUCCUUUCUGGCAUGUUUGGACGCGCUGUGCGAUCUCUGCACUCGAAAGAGAAAACCAGUGAGGUACACAAGGAAGUUUCAGAGCUGCGGGAAAUUCUCACAGACAAGUUGUCUGACGUUUUGGCAAGUGUUGAAGGCGGCUUCCCAGAAGUGCUGAACCACCUCUGGCUAGCGGAGGACGAAGCGCAGGCAGUGGUGAAUGCACUUCUACCUAAAUUGGAGAAGGCCCGCGAGGCCCUGCAACAGACACUGUACGAGACGGUGUCCCUUGAGACAGGCCUCAAGUUGGAUGCAGACGCUGUGCUGCUGGCCACCCUCAUGCCAAAGCAGUGGUCGCAGUUUGUCAGAAAAGCGCCCAGUGACGAGGUGGAGCCUAUUGGAGUCACAAGGUUGAGAUCAAGGAAGGACAAGCCUUAA